UACAUGUGACCAGGGCCGGACUGACCAUUUGGAAACUCGGGCACUGCCCGAGGGCUCGGGGUCUGUAGGGGGCCCCAUGAGAUGCCCCUGGUAUCUUUUUCAUAGGCUUUUUUGAGUUUGGGCAAGGACACAGGGGCCCCAUGAUCCCCUAUUGCCCGGGGGCCCCAUGAGUUGUUCGUCUGCCCCUGCAUCAGUGCCUCCUCAUCAGUACCUAUCAGUGCAGCCUAUCAGUGCCGCCUCACCAGUGCCCAUCAGUGCUGCCUACCAGUACUCA